AUGAGCGAGGAACUAAACUUGGACUUCACUGAUAUCCAGCCUGGCAAAGUAAAGUGUAUCAAAAAUAUAAAGCAUUUCAUAAUGCCUGUUGUGAGUGCCCGGUCAUCUCGGGUGAUCAAGACACCAAAGAGAUUCAUGGAUGAAGCUGACAUGUCUGUUUUGCCCAGUAGAGGCUCUCAGAAGAAAGGCCAUAGAAUCAGUUCGCACACUCGUGGAGACAGAAAACAAGAGGACUUAGAGGGGGACAAACCUUUUUCUCCUUUGACCUUAAGUGAAGAUGAUAAUCUUACUGAGGCCCAGUCAAAUGUUUCGGUGUCCUCCACUAAGGAACCUAAAUCUGAGCCCACAGAUGAGAAGGAGAGUGUAGCUGAAGAAAAGCUCACUGGUAAGAGAAGAUCCCUUCUUAGAGAUCCCAAUUUCAAGUGGUGUUCCCCAGAAACUACUGGUGUUGAUGUGUACAAUUUCGACAAUGAAAUUGAAAAGGAACGUGAAAGUUUAUUGAUUGCUAAAGAUCCCCUGCGAAACUCCUCAGUCAAUGACCCACCUCUUCGGAAGAAGAAAAAGUCUGUUAUGUUCAACAAGAAAACCUCAAAUCGGAAGAUAUACAAGAAAUUCAAAGAUAAAUUCAACCGGGACCCAAUAAUGAGGAAAAAGAAAGACCUGGUGGAUGUAACAAGCCGCUCCAAUUCACCACCUGUUGAAGUUAAGAAAGUAAGAUUGGAGGAGGGCACUAGUGUAAUUGAGACUCUCUCAGACACAAAGAAAGAUAAAGAUAAACUGAAGAUAGAAGAUCUCAACACCCCUGGUGUUGUGCGAAAAGUUUCUAUCUGUGUUCGUGCGCUUGCUCCAAAUUUGCUGUCAAAACACUUAGGAUCAAAUGUGCAGAGGAAUUCUGAUGAUGCCAAGGAAGCAGACACGGCACUCCCUGACAAGUCAACAGACACAGAGAACGUGCAUCUUGAUGAGCCUGGUGAUCAGAACCCUCCGAAAGACAUUUGCCGGGUAGUUGAAAAUGAUGUUGAUUCUGAGGCGAAGGUCGCUGCUCAGCGUAUUCAUCUCACAGGUGCUAACAAGCGAAUGUUUAAUCUCCUCAAGAAAGCCAAGGUUCAGCUCAUCAAGAUUGACCAACAGAAACAGCAAAGAUCUUCAGGGCUUCUUACAGAAGAGAGAGUGAAGCGUCGAAGAAGGAGACAGAAGGAUGCUCCUGAAGGAGACUGUACCAACAGUACUGAUGCCCCUCAGGGACAGGAGGUUCAGAGAGGAGGUCCACGCAUUAAGCAUGUGUGCAGAGCUGCAGCAGUGGUUCUCGGCCAGCCCCGUGCCAUGGUGCCUGCUGACAUCCCUAGACUCAGUGCCCUGCCGCUGCAUGAGAGAUCAGGCAUAUCCCCAUCACCAGCAGCGAAAGGGUCUGGAUCUCAGUCUGACCCAGACAGCCCCGUGUUACCAGAACCACCGCGGGUGCCCAAGUUUCGCCGAGGGGGCAGAAGCUUUGGACCAUUUGGGCUGCGGUCUCGGAGAUGUGGAGAAUGUAAGGGCUGCCUUCAUGAAGAGGACUGUGGCAAGUGCAUGAACUGUCUGGACAAGCCGAAGUUUGGAGGACCCAACACUAAACGGCAAUGCUGUGUGUACAAAAGGUGUGAUCAGAUUGAGGAGAGAAAGGCACUACGACUGAGUGGCAAGCUUCACAAAGGUCACAUUAAGAGAAGGUGGUCAUCAGUGAGCGCUGGCCCAUCAAGCAACGAAGACGAGGAAGGGACUGAAGGGGGAGGCCAGGACUUGGCCAUCGGGGAUGGUCAGAGCCCCUCUGUGCGCAAACAGCCCAGGCGGUGCGUGAAGAAUCGCUCCUUCUGCAAUCUGCUGGACUACGAUUCUGAUCUGGACACUUUUGGUGGCUCCAGUUCUGCCUCACCUUCUCGCAGGAGGACAUCCAUGCCACGCAAUACAGACUUUGUCUCCCUAGACGACUUCCUUGGUGAUGGUCUUGUUGACGGGGCUCGGCAUCGCAGGUCUGGCUUUCAUAGAGCUCCGCCCAUUCGGCGAAAGCCUGAAAAGAGUCCCCAGGAGGAGACGCCACCUAGUGUGUUGGCAGCUCUGGCCAAUGGGUUUGCCCAGAGGGAGAAGGAACCAUCAGAACCCACGCACAAGAUUCGUGUGGACUUUAAGGAAGACUGUAAUGUUGACACUGUGUGGAGGACUGGAGGCCUCAGCAUUCUGUCUUCCAUACCUCUUAUGCCCCAGUAUGUCUGCCUCCUGUGUGCCAGCAAGGGACAGCAUGAGAUGCUGCACUGUCAGGUGUGCUGUGAGCCUUUCCAUAGUUUCUGCCUGGAUCCUGCAGAGCGCCCUCAAGAGGAGAAUAAGGAGAACUGGUGCUGUCGCUGCUGCAAAUUCUGCCGUGUUUGUGGUCGCAAGAACAAACAUUCCAAGCCCCUACUGGAGUGUGAGCGAUGUCAAAACUGCUAUCACCCUUCCUGUCUUGGCCCCAAUUACCCAAAACUCAGCAAACGCCGAAAGGCUUGGGUGUGCAUGACCUGUAUCAGAUGUAGGAGCUGCGGCGGGACUCCUGGGAAAAGCUGGGACACAGAGUGGAACCAUGAGAAAGGGUUCUGCCCUGACUGUACUAAACUCUAUGACCAGGGGAACUACUGUACCAUCUGCUUCAAGUGCUAUGAAGAUAAUGACUACGACAGUCAAAUGAUGCAGUGUGCCACGUGUAACCACUGGGUCCACGCCAAGUGUGAAGGCCUCACAGAUGAUCUGUACGAGAUCUUGUCUAGUCUGCCUGAGAGCGUGGUGUACUCCUGCCAGCCGUGCAGCCGCACUCAGCCUGGUGAGGAGGUGGAGAGGGAAGCAGGAGGGUGGAGGGAGCUUCUGCACGUGGAGCUGAGGUCAGGUAUAGAGAAGGUUCUGGCCUGUCUCCUCACCUCGACCCUCACGCAACACCUGGUUACUUGCAGCGAGUGCUCAGUUGAGGAUGAUCCUGAAACUGGGCUUGAUGGCCUUCCUGUUUGUGAUCUCCAUGCUGUGGGCAAGAAGUUUGACAGAGGCCUAUACACAACCCUGAAAUCUUUCCAUGAAGAUGUGGUUAGUGUCAUUCGCAAACAGCUGGAGGAAGAGGAUUCUCUGCCUGAGGACCAAAGACCAACUGCUCUGGCUCGCUCCUACUACCUUAAGCUGCUGGAAGAAGUUUUCAGUUGGUUCAACAGUCAGGAUCCUAAAGUAUGGGAUCCACGUUCCAAACACAUACCUGUUGGGAUGCUUUCAAAUGCUGUGAUGCCGCCUACGAAUGAGCACAUAUAUGCCCAGUGGUGUGAGCGAGAAGAAGCCAGGAGCAUCCUCAGACGGGGGAAUAUUGGACAUCUGGACGUUAAAAUGGAAACAGAGCCAGAACCUUCCACCCCACUCUCUCAUAAACUACCCAAGAAUCUCUCUCCCAGAAACCUGAGUGCCCUUCCAUUAAAACUGAAAGCAGGGAGAAAAAUUCGGCUGAGCAAGGCAGAUUUGGACACUGGGUGGUCUAAAGAAGAUGAGAGGCAGUGUGCUCUUUGCCAGAAGUAUGGUGACGCAAAGUCAAGUGAUGCUGGUAGACUACUUUACCUUGGGCAGAAUGAGUGGGCUCAUGUGAACUGCUCCAUGUGGUCUGCGGAGGUGUUUGAAGAGGACAACGGUGUUCUGAUGCAUGUGCAUAGUGCUGUGGCAAGGGGUCGCCUAAUGCGAUGUGAGCGAUGUAACCAGACUGGAGCAACAGUGGGUUGCUGCCUUACCUCCUGCCAGAGCAACUAUCACUUUAUGUGUGCCCGAUCCCAGAACUGUGUUUUCCAGGAUGACAAAAAGGUGUACUGCUACAAACAUCGUGACCUAAUCAGUGGAAAGAUGAUCACUGGGCAAGGUUUCGAAGUUCUUCGGAGAGUUUAUGUGGAUUUUGAAGGGAUCACCCUUCGCAGAAAAUUUCUGACAGGAUUAGAGCCAGAAUCAAUCAGUUUGAUGAUAGGCUCUCUGCAAGUUAACAAACUUGGCAAACUGACUGAACUAUCAGCAAGCCAAGGAAAGCUUUUCCCUGUGGGUUACGAAUGCUCUCGCUGGUACUGGAGUACAGUAAAUCCACUUCGCCGCUGCAAGUACACUUUUAGGGUUCGAGAGGUCCGACCGCCGGUACAGGAGAAGCCUGUGGAGGAGAUGCCUGACCAAGGGGAAAAUCACACUAUUGCUCACAGCCCCUGUCCCCAGUCAGAAACUGAAACGCGUGUUGUAGAAAUAACCCUUCCCAGUCCAUCCGUUGAAGCAAACUCAAGUACUGCAUCCUCAGUAGCCAAACGAGACCUUGGUGCACGGCUCAGAGUCCCUGCCUAUGGCCAGACCAGGAGGCCUACAGGAGGAAUGUCCAGACCUCUGCCCUCCCCAGGUACAGCCCCAGCCAAAUCACACCACAUCUUGACAAUUAGUGACCUAGAUGACACUCGCAAGCCACGGCGCCAUAGCCCACACCCUCAGAACACAGCCGCACGUGGUCACAUGUCCUCAUCUACCCUAGCAUCCUCCUCAGGACCAAUUCCUCUACGGGCUGGAAGUUCCAUUCCCCAGAAGACCUCCCAGCCUGCCUUCCCACUUUUCCCUCUUGGUGCUACUGAAAACAUUCUGACCUGUCCAUCAGUUCGUUCAUCAGGUCGAAGUGCUUCCUCUGUUCGGGGUACUGGAACAGUGGUUCCCCACUCUACCUCAGGGCUGUUUUCACAGUCCCCAUUGCAAAGUGACACUGGCAGCCGACCUUCUUCCAACCAGUCCCUUUCCUCUACCACUCACCAUUCCUCAAGACCAAGAUUGCCUUUUGAACAGUUGAAUGCUGUUGAGCUCCCAAGCAGUUUUCUGGCAUCAUCACAAGCAGCAGCAAAUGGAAACCUACCAAUAGAUGAUUUUGACAGUUCUCACAUGGGUGGUCAGCUAGUCUCUGAUCAGGAGUUCCACACCUCAUUGCACUUGGACUCAGAGAUGAGCUCUGAUCUGAAAACUGAGCUAGAGAUUGAGGAGUCACUAGUGAAUGAAGGGGUGGCCAUGAACUGCAGUGCACAGAUUGUAGUUGAAGGCGAAGAGAACCAGGAAGAUUUCUGGGAUAGGGACCCAGAGGACAGAAAGGUUGAGAAAUCAGUAAAUAGAGUGCCUCGUACAGCUGACUCCAGCCGGGAGGACUGGGGUAAUACAUCUUCCGAUGAAGAUGAAAGCUAUUUUGACUUUUCCCGCACCGUAGUUACCCGCAAAACCCAGGGGGACUCAUCUUAUGAUCCAACUUCUCCAUCCCUCAGACCAAUUCCCCAGGUAGAUGGGGUGGAUGAUGGGACAGAGAGUGACAGCAGUGUGGCCAAUAAUGAAACUCGGAACAUUAAGAAUUCAAGUCAGGCUCAAAAUCCAGCCCAGACGCUUCCAUCUCAAGUAGGCAGCACAAGUAAUGGGCCGUGCAUGGACUUAGUAGGUCCUGAAACACUGGCCUUCAGCAAACAGUCAGAAACCUCGGUCAAACUUGAUUCCACCUUGUCCUUUGAGGCUACUCUCAAGGAAGAAUCUUUUGGUUCGAAGCAUAGUGAUGAUACCAAAGUUGACCAUUGUUUUUUGCCCCUUAAAUCAAUUAGGAGUUUAAAGGUACCAGGUAACGUGGAUUCAUCAACAACUCACUCUCAAAAUGGUGCGAACAUUGUAUUCCUGGAGGCACAAUAUGGAUCAGAUGGUAUAGGCCAGACAUCUAAAGAGAGUCAAGAGUCUUUUCAAGAAACAAAGGCUACUUUUGUUGACCCCACAAAUUCUAACACUACACAUUUGGAAGAUUUUCCAAGGUCCACCUUGGACGUGAAUUCUGGGACAUCAGUAGUUCUUGAGAAAUGUGACCCACCCUCACCCAAUGCCUCAUUUACUGAAUUGGUUCCAGUUCAAGAAGAUCCCUCAAUUGACACCCUUUCACCUACAGAUACAAAAGAGGUCUACUUGGAUCCUAAUAGUGGACACUUUGUAUCUUCAAGGGAUGGCUCUAUGAUUUACCCUAACCACAUGUCGGAAGGAGCAGAGGAUGCCACAGUCAGGGCUCCAGUGAAUGGUGACCAUGACUCAGUGUUAGACCCUCAUCAGCUUUGCUCUGACAGCCUUAGAAAGUCACCCAAGUCCUCUACCCCUGUGGAGGUCCUGCAGGGCAAUGUUUCCACACAGCCAUUUUUUACAACUUUUAGCUCCCCACCUACUCCACAGAUUUCUGUAUACCCUGUCCAGAGUACUGAAGCAAAGACAGUUUUGCCACCCAUGGAAAGUUUUCGAACCAAACCGCUUCCAGCUGCAGAUCCAAGAGUUAGUACCCUAAAAGUCCCUUGUGGAACUAUGUCUUUUGCUGCUGCAAAGUUGCCAUCACAACCAGACCAAGUUCAGGCUGUCACAUCAGGCCCCAGUGUAGCUCUGGGUUCCUUAGGACAUGUAUCAGGGACUGUCUCUGUGCCAGUGUAUCCUAACUUUUCACACCCUUCAAACUCUUCGAGUGCUGGCAUUGUCUCUGCUCCCCCCUCCAUUACCUCUCAACCUUCCACCCAGUGCCAGCCAAUGCACUCCAUAUUACAACCAGCUACUAGUCCUAUUUUUAUAAAUGGCUAUAAUUCUGUGCCCAUGCAGAGUGAAACUUCCUCAGGGCGUACCAUUUCCAUCAAUUUUUCAACCCCUAGACCAGCAAUGGAACCCCAGCAGCAGGUUCUGACACAAGCUUUGCCAGGCCAUGCCAUUCUCACAGUUAAGGAAGUGGGUGGGCCUAAUGUGGAUCCAACCCCUCAUGUUUUACUUGUCAAUCGUUUAGGCCAAAUCUUUGUGAAAAAUCCCGAAAGCAACACAUUCAAGCUGCCCACUCCCAACUCUCCCUCCUAUAACUGUGUCACACAGAUUGCCAAUCUCCUUCAGAGCAAUGCAUUGUCUGCAACCCUAGCAGCUGCCGGCAACUUAUCUGCAAUGACUGGGACCACUAUACCAACCGGUGUACCAAGGAUGGUUACACCUGUUAUUCAGAACUCCAAUACAAUUACACAGCUACUUACGCAGAACAACAAAGGAACAGUGGCUCCAACUGAAGUCAAGAAAGCGCGGAAAAAUUCUAAAGCGUCCUCUGAAGGUGGCGUUCCAAGAAUCAAGAACCUGGGAAAAAAGAAGGAGUGCUCAACAUCCAAGAGAACGAAAUCUGGAGAUGCUCAACGCUCUUUAGGCAGCAAAUCUGCUCGUCGAAUAAAGACUUGUAUAGACCCACCUAAAUCUUUGGACAGUGCCCAAGCCAUUAUUAACCAAGCUAUGGCAAGCUAUUAUGACCCUAGCAGAACUGGUUCUAGCAUUCUUAGCUCGUCUAAACCCCACAGUACCUCUCCUGAAGGCAGAGCCCAGUCAGGAAGCUCUGAAACGUUCACUCAGCCUGAGUCGUCUGAAUCCCAGUUGUCUGUGCCCAGACCGCGGACCCAGGUUCGCAUUAAAAGGGUGUCCUCAUUCUCUGACCGCAUUGCCAUUAAGAAAUCAAAGUCUGACUUCUUCGAGCCAGAUAUCUCCAGCGGACCAGAGGAUUCACACAAAAGUAGUUCAGCUGUUGUCAGCAGGUCUGGAGGUGUGAGGAUCAAAGCCCCAUCUGUUAAAGGUGUCUUGGAUUUGGACAAAGUGAAUGAUGACAGAAGCAGUGACUCUGACAACACAAGGCCAGGACCUUGGGAUCGUCUCUCUAUGUCUCGAACUGGAGACUCCAGCAAGACGCCACCAUGGGAUGUAGUGGGACGCGGUGCCCUAACUGACUGGAGCAAGUACUCAGGGAUGAUUUCCUGCUCAGAGGACGAGUUACCUCCCUCAGACACAGAUGACCAGUCUUCCCCCAGCAGAGACCAGCCCCACUUGCGUUUUGAAAUCACCAGUGAUGAUGGCUUCAGUGUGGAGGCAGAUAGCAUUGAGGUGGCGUGGAGGGCAGUGAUUGAUGGGGUGCAGGAGGCUAGAGCUGCGGCCAGACUGAGGCAGCUCUGUUUCUCAGGAAAGACAGGAGCCCGUAUGAUGGGCCUGCUCCAUGAUGCAGUGGUCUACCUGAUUGAACAGCUGGAGGGCGCUAAGCGCUGCCAGCGGCACAUUUUCCGCUUCCACAAACAGGCCAGUCAGGAGGAGGACCUGCCCGUCAACCCCAGUGGAUGUGCCCGCUCAGAGGUCUACCUGAGGAAGUCUACUUUUGACAUGUUCAACUUCCUGGCAUCUCAGCACAGACAACUCCCAGACUACGGACCUUACGAUGAGGAGGAGGAUGAAGUCCCGUUCAAAUUAACGAGGCGAGCAACAAGCUUGGAGUUGCCUAUGGCCAUGCGUUUCAGACAUCUAGAGAGGACGUCUAAAGAAGCGGUGGGGGUGUACAGGUCGGCUAUCCAUGGGAGAGGGCUGUUCUGUAAGAGGAAUAUUGAUGCUGGUGAAAUGGUGAUUGAGUACUCUGGCAUUGUCAUUCGCUCUGUUCUCACUGACAAACGUGAGAAGUACUACGACGGAAAGGGCAUCGGCUGCUACAUGUUCCGCAUCGAUGACUUUGACGUCGUGGAUGCCACCAUGCAUGGCAAUGCGGCACGCUUCAUCAACCACUCGUGUGAACCCAACUGCUACUCACGGGUCAUCAACGUGGAGGGACAGAAACACAUCGUCAUAUUUGCACUGCGAAAGAUCUACCGUGGUGAAGAACUGACCUAUGACUACAAGUUUCCCAUCGAGGACGAGAGCAACAAACUGAGCUGUAACUGCGGGGCGAGGCGCUGUCGCCGCUUCCUGAACUGAGGAGGGGGGAGGGGCUUCU